CAGCCAUUAAACCAAUGUACCGCAUUUCCUUGAGAUACUAAUCUAUACAGGUAUGGUGGUUGAUUGCAAGUUUUGCGUGGGGUGUUUACAGUCUCGUGCUUAGCUUAGAGAGCUAUCCCAAGAGGCCGGCCAACAACAAAGAAUGGACGUUUGGUCAGGUCGCUCCCGUUGUCUUGCUAUUAGCGCCUGUGCUCAGCGUAGUGGAGUUUCUCUUAGCCUUCUAGCGGUCAUAAUAAUCCCGCCCAAGCACAAGAAAUCUCGGAAGGAUCCGACAUGACCCCGUCCCCAGAGGCAAUGGAAAUAGCUGCGAAUGCCACUUCCAGUACAACAGACGGAGUCCUCGACGAUCCAGAUCACGACUAUUACCAAGAAUCUUGGUUUCAUUCUCUAAUUACCGUUCUUCUAUGCGGAGUAAUUAUUACCACUGUCAUUGUACUGUUCGUACCCCUUGCAGGGUUGGACAAUUCCAAGCUAUCUAAAGGGAAGCAACUUGUUUGGUUGCAACCAACAGCAAACUGGAUUGUCUGGUUUCCAUUUGCUUUUUUGUUCGGCAUGAUGAACGUAAUCCUGUUUUCACUGAUUUUGGGGAAUUUGAAGUGGACUGCCCUCGGAUUUCGGGUUUUUAUCUGGCUUGUUUCGCUUGGUAUUUAUUUUGUCAUUUCAUUUAUGAAUUCUUUUGGGUACAUAAUGGCGUUCUUUCUUCUCAUUUCGCUGUACUUCGGCCUUUCUUUCCUCUAUGCCAAGCGUAUACUGGCCGUUUCAUAACUCCGGUCGCGCUCGAUACUUGGGUAAUUCCCACCACGGCUGAAACUGGCCUAAAUCGGGGCUAAAAUUCACUAUAGGCGUUGGCUGAC